UCAGAAGAAUAAACAUGACAUCAUUGAUAGAUAAGUUCACAACCAAUGCCCUUCAGACACCUGUAGGACUCAUGGUAUCGCGAGCCUCAGAUGAAAUUUUACCAAGCGAGGACUGGUCAGCAAUUAUGGAAAUAUGUGACUUUGUGAAUACCAGGGAGGAAGGUCCGAAAGAUGCUGCUCGAGCAAUUCGCAAACGACUUCAAAUCUCAAAAAGUCCGAAAAGCAUUUUAUACACAUUGACAAUUUUAGAAACCUGCAUGAAAAAUUGCGGUUACCGAUUUCAAAUAAACAUUUGUCAGAAGGACUACAUACAAGAUCUCGUAAAACUUUUACAGCCAACAAGAAAUCCGACUCUUGCUGUUCAGGAGAAAAUUGUUGCUCUUAUUCAAAAUUGGACGGAUGCAUUUUCUAGCCAUCCUGAUCUGAAGGGUGUUGCAACCAUUCAUGAGGAACUUCGAAUGAAGGGAAUUAUUUUCCCUGAAUCUGACCCAGCAGAUAUUAAGUUGCUUAAAACAGCUGGCGGAAUUGGUUUUGGAACUCAAAAAGUGCCGCCUGAAUUCCCUGUGAGAUCUGCUUCAAUGUCUGCUCCCCAAGUUGCCCCAGCCCAUCGGCAAGCACCUCAGCCAGUAGCAAAUAUUCCCCGGCGAACACAGAGCGUUGUUGAACCGCAUGUUCAAAAUCCACCUGCUCCUACUUCUCAACCAGCUGCUUUGAACCAGUCUCAAGUUCACAAGCUGCAAAGAGAUCUCGACGUUGUUCAGACCAACUGUCGCAUUUUAUCUGACAUGUUAAGCCAGCUCAACCCAGGUGAGGAAGAAGCUGCAGAAUAUGCGCUACUGAAAGACCUAAACUCUGUAUGCCGUCAAAUGCAAGCAAGGCUGAUGGAACUCAUCGAACAAGUUUCGUCCGAAGAUAUAACAUGCGAACUGCUACGAGUCAACGAUGAUCUGAACCAAGUCUUUGUGAGGUACGAUAGAUAUGAGCGAAUUCGAGAAGUACAUAUGAGAAAGCAACAAGCCACUGCUCAAAAUAAUGUUCUUGUUGGAUCUGAUAAUCAUCAAGCUACUGCACCUGUUCGAACUAAACCGCUGACAGGGACGGAUUUUUUAAAUAAUGGACUCACCGGAUUUGAAGAUGUUCCUGUGUUGCCAGCUGGAGGAACAGUUCCGGUCAUGAAAAAGAGAGCCGAGGGGAAUCCUAGUAAUUUGCCCCCACCUCGAACUACAAAUAUGCCUCAACUGAGUUCUGACCUGAGUAUAAUGACACUAGACGAACCAUCAGGUGCUUCGGGCUUUUCAACAAGCUCCGCGGCUGCUGCAUCAAACCCGACCUAUGAAGAAUUGCUGUUCACUGCAUCAGCUCAAACGCCGGUUGCUUCUGGCGAUGUUGAUGCGUUUGGUUUACCAGUUGCCUCGAGUGCAGGAAAGCCCGAAACAACUAAUGGCAGUGCAUUGUCGGAGCAGGAUAUCGACUCGUUUUUGAACGAUGGAGCCUCGCAGCAGCAUAACCAUCAACCGGGACAGGGUCCAAUGACAGUCAAACCGGCCCAAGCAUUCCUGAAUCCGUUCGAGUCGUAACUUAAAAUCAGAAGAUUUGAAAUGAAACUCAUUAUCGGCCAAAACUAUCUUGACGUUUUCACUGUUUGAUGUAAAAACCAAGUAGUUUCACUGAGUUUGAUUGGAUUCGUUCGUAAAGUUGUAAAUUAGUAGAAUAAUAUAAUUGAAUAUUGA